AUGUCCCUGAGGCAUUCCGCGGGUCAGCUCUCCAAGAGAGCUGCCACCUGUUCAGCUACAACCCGAGCUGCUACGUCGCAGACCCGACACUUUGCAACUCCCGUGCCGCCGGUCACUCAGAAUGCAGUAGGCUCCAAGGGCCCGACCGCCAUGGUCUUUAUGAACAUGGGCGGUCCCUCGACGACUGGAGAAGUUGGCGACUUUCUAAGUCGACUGUUUUCAGACGGCGACUUGAUCCCUCUCGGGCGCCUUCAGAACUAUUUGGGCCCGCUGAUCUCGAAGCGACGAACACCCAAGAUCGAGAAGCAAUACGCCGAGAUUGGUGGCGGAUCACCUAUUCGAAAGUGGUCGGAAUACCAGAGCGAAGAGAUGUGCAAGAUUCUGGACAGGAUAUCGCCCGAAACCGCGCCUCACAAGCCCUACGUGGCCUUCCGCUAUGCCGAUCCUUUGACGGAAGAAAUGUACAAUAGAUUGCUCGCUGAUGGUUUCGGCAAUGGCAAGGGAGGCAGAGCGGUAGCCUUCACACAGUACCCACAAUACUCGUGCUCGACAACCGGUAGCAGUCUCAAUGAGCUGUGGAAGUGGCGCCAGAGGCUAGAGGGCAAAGCCGGACCCGGCACGAUACAAUGGAGUGUGAUUGACCGAUGGCCGGCCCAUCCGGGACUCGUCGAAGCAUUCGCAAGCAACAUUGAGAAGACGCUUCUGGAGUACCCGGAAGAUAAGAGGAGCAAGGUUGUGCUGCUCUUUUCGGCCCAUAGUCUCCCUAUGUCGGUCGUGAACAGAGGCGACCCUUACCCUGCCGAAGUGGCAGCUACAGUCUAUGCUGUCAUGCAGCGGUUGGGCUUUUCAAAUCCAUACAGAUUGUGUUGGCAAUCGCAAGUUGGUCCUAGCGCAUGGCUUGGACCUCAGACAGCAACAUCAGUGGAAGAAUAUGUUGCCAAGGGCCAAAAGGAUCUCGUCUUGAUCCCUAUUGCCUUCACUUCGGACCACAUUGAGACGUUGUACGAACUUGACCUCGAGGUCAUUGGCGAAUCUGGUCACCCCGACACGGUCAAGCGCGUGGAGAGUCUGAACGGAAACCCCAUCUUCAUCGAGGCUCUGGCCAAUAUUGCCAAAGCCCACCUGGAUAGUGGUGUUCACUGUUCGUACCAAAUGGGCCUGAGAUGCCCUGGAUGCAAGAGUGAGAAAUGCGCCGAGUCAAAGAAAUACUUUGCCAGCCCACAGAACGCCUUUGCGGUAUGA